AUGGAAGAUGAGGUAAAAUUUGUGGAGAGCGAUUUUAAGCAUGAAUUUACGGAAGUGAGUUCUGAGGAUGUAAUGUUUCCAAAGUAUAGAAUAAAGUACAUUGAACAGACAGAGAAAUACAUUGUGAAGGCUCUUGAGAAGAAGAAGAUAAGCUGUACAAUUGAUUUUGAAAGGAAUGUGAUUAGUGUGCUGACGAAUGCAAACACAAGGGAUCCGUUUAUAUUUAUAAAAGCAGUGAAUUUUGUGAAGCUUGUUGGGCGUGGUGUUAGAGUGGAGGAGGCGAUGAAGGUGCUUGAAGACGAGUAUUUCUGUGAGGUGAUUGACAUCAAGAAUCUUGCAGGAUCUGAGAAGGUUUUUGAGAAACGACGCGAUCGAUUGAUAGGGCCGAAGGAGAUGACGUUGGAGGCCAUACAGAAGGUGACUGGAUGCUAUGUGCUUGUGCAUGGGAAAACAGUGAGUGUAGUGGGAAGCUUUCGUGGGGUUGAAGAAGUGAAGGAUAUAGUGAUUAGCUGUAUGGACAACAUUCACCCGAUAUAUAAGAUCAAGAGACUGAUUGAGAAGAGGAAGCUUGAAGGUGAGGAUGGAAAGAAAUGUGAGGAUUGGGAGAGGUAUCUUCCACAAGCCACAAAGAAGGGGAAUAGCGGAGGCAGUAAGAUGAAGAAGAAGAUAGGCCGAGUGUCUGGAGGAAUGCCAGACUGUGAACCAAGAAGGAAGGAUGAUAUUGAAAUGGAGACUGGAGAGUACUUUGUUGGGGCUGAUGAAGCUAAGAAGGAAACAAGAAGAAGAGAAGAAAGAAAAUGCAAAGAAACAAAGAGAAGAAAAGAGAUUGAGAAGUACAUUGUACCAGAUGAAGAUGAAUAG